UGCUCGGUAUACUGUGUUAAAAUUAAUAAGAGCGUAGUAUCGGUAAUUCUUUAUGCAUCUAAGCGAAAUACAGAAAGGCAGAACCACAAUGAAAACGGUGAUUUGGGGUUUCUUAAUCGGUGUGCUUUUACCAGUUUCACACACUGAUCAAGGUCUCAACGAUUUUGUUGAAAUCUUUCGCGAUGAUUUUAAUGGCAGUGGAACACCUGACCCGGCAAAAUGGAAGCUAGAGCAGACCGCUGCAGGUGCUGAUAUUCGAAAUGAAAGACAGGUGUUUCGAAGGGAAAAUUUUGCUCUGGAAAACGGAUUAUUGCAUUUAUUCACUCGAAAUGAGCAAUACAACGGUUACAACUAUACUUCGGGGAGGGUGAGCACCCGAGGCUUGUUUGAUUUUCAGUACGGAGAGCUGGAAUUGCGCGCCAAGAUAACUGCAGACAUUCAGCAUAUCGGGGGGACCGUGACGCUACAAAACUCUCAAUGUGACACUACGAUUCCUUGUCGAGAAUUUCCGGGGAAAGCAACCGUCUUUAUCGGUGGCGGUGAAGCGCUGGCCAGCAUCGCCGACCAUGUGCCCCGAGCAAGGCCUCCUCCGGAAAUGUCGACCCUCUAUUUCAAAACUCUUCCAAGUAAUUUCACUCAGGACUUCCACGUGUUCAAGGUAACAUGGACACCGGAUCAACUUGUCUGGUUUAUUGACGACGUCGCAGUAUGGAGUAUUACUGGAGAGGCGGUACCCCGAGUGCGUAUGCAGGUUGUGCUGAACAGUUAUGCGGGGCAAUUUAUGCCUUCUGUUGCUCCUCCGGAUGUCAAACUCCCUUUUGGUUUUACUAUCGAUUAUGUGGUAGUGCGACAGUCCACUAACUCCACCGGAUCAGCCUGAAGCUUCUGGAUUAUCAAUGCGUGAUGUUUUACUGAUACCGUUAUCCUUUGGAAAAUAUGUCGAACAUUAGAUAUAUAUGUCUGUCAUUGGGCUUUUAGUUAGGAAUGAUACCGGUGUCUUAGAAUUAAAGAACCGGUGUUGUUCUUGAUCGCUUAACUAAUGUGAAGUGCUUUAUACUGAGCGUUACUAGCUCGAUUUUCCUCUUUGCCAUUUUUAGUACUGGUUGUUACAAAUAUUGCGAACAACGAAACAUCACAA